AUGAGAGUUCCCGCUUUACGAAGAAAAAAUCCAUACACAGAAGAGCCAAUCGCCCACCGUCCAACUCAAUCAAAUUCUCCAUACGAAAGAACUCUCCAGCAAAUGAUCACAAGCCAAAGAGUCAAUGAAAUAUCGCCAACUGUCCUAAAAUACUGCAGCUUAUGCACACAUAAAAUUGAGCUUAACUUCAAUGGCCAUCGCUCAGAGCCAGAUCAUUACCCUAUCGCUAUUGAUAUUUGUAAAGGCUGUUCCAAAGAUAUUUGUGAAUAUUGUCGACGUAUUUGUGAGAAAUGCGAGAAAAGUUGCUGUUACGUCUGCAAUACAACAAUUUAUAAUGAUACAGGUAGCUUGGAGGUCUGCCCUGAUUGUGCUAAUUAA